UGAAGGCAUCCCCGACCCGCCCGCAGCGGCAGCCGGCGGAGGGAAGAGGUCCGUGGAGUUGAUGAGGAGCUGCUUGGAGCCAGGAGCCGCCUGGAACACAAUGCCCUACCCCGCUCCUGGCCUUGGGAAGUUGUGAGCUGCUCAUGUCCAUAAGGAGGAAGGAUGGCUCAUGGAAUUCCUUCACAAGGCAAAGUUACCAUAACGGUGGAUGAAUACAGCUCCAACCCAACGCAGGCGUUUACGCACUACAACAUCAAUCAGAGCAGGUUCCAGCCUCCGCACGUGCAUAUGGUCGACCCUAUCCCAUAUGACACUCCAAAACCAGCGGGCCACACGCGAUUUGUCUGCGUCUCAGACACACACUCCAGAACAGAUGGCAUCCAGAUGCCUUAUGGGGACAUCCUUCUCCACACGGGCGAUUUCACCGAACUGGGACUGCCCUCAGAGGUUAAGAAGUUUAAUGACUGGUUAGGAAACCUACCAUAUGAAUAUAAAAUAGUGAUUGCUGGGAAUCAUGAACUGACAUUUGAUAAGGAAUUCAUGGCAGACCUUGUUAAACAAGAUUACUACCGCUUUCCCUCUGUGUCCAAAUUGAAACCAGAGGACUUUGACAAUGUUCAGUCACUCCUGACAAAUAGUAUUUACUUGCAAGAUUCAGAGGUAACAGUUAAAGGAUUCCGAAUAUACGGUGCCCCGUGGACACCGUGGUUUAAUGGAUGGGGCUUUAACCUACCCAGAGGUCAGUCUUUGCUAGACAAGUGGAACCUUAUUCCUGAGGGAAUUGAUAUACUAAUGACACAUGGACCUCCCCUUGGUUUUCGAGACUGGGUUCCAAAGGAGCUGCAGAGAGUGGGUUGUGUGGAACUGUUGAACACGGUGCAGAGGCGAGUAAGGCCCAAACUCCAUGUCUUUGGUGGGAUCCAUGAAGGUUAUGGCAUUAUGACAGACGGUUACACAACGUACAUCAAUGCUUCAACAUGUACAGUCAGCUUUCAACCAACCAACCCUCCAAUUAUAUUUGACCUUCCAACCCCUCAAGGAUCAUGAAGCACUACUACACGUUUGGAACUGGGGAAGGUCUAUAAACUGCCAUUUUCUAAUUAUAAAGCUUACA